AUAUAAACCUGAACCACCCACCUCUCUUCUCCAUCCUCACCGCGUUCUCACAUAUCCAAUUUCUUCACAGAAACACCUGAAUUCAUUCCUAGUUUUACGGAAUAUUACCAAAUGGCGGAGAAGAGCCAGAACCCAUACCAACCACCAGCAUCGAAUGGCCAUCACCGGGGUGAUCAAGAGUCGCUUCAUACCAUGGAGGACGAGGAGGCGAAGCGCAAGAAGAGGAUGAAGUGGACGAUUGCCAUCAUCGCCUUCGUCAUCUUUCAGGUCGUCCAAGCUCUCUUCUUUGUCCUCGUCAUCAUGAAGUUCAAGUCCCCCAAGUUCAGGGUCGCUGAGUUCGACGUCCAGAGCCUGUCCGUUGGGACUCAGGCCUCGCCCUCAUUUGACAUGAGCUUUGUCGCUCCAAUCAGAAUCAAGAACACUAAUUGGGGUCCAUUCAAGUACGAUGCUUCUACUGUGAACUUCACCUAUGGGGGUGUCCAAGUGGGACAAGCGAUCAUUCCGAAGAGCAAGGCCAACUUCAAGAGCACCAAGAAGAUCGAUGUGAAUGUGACUCUGAGCUCUGCUAAUUUGCCUGGUGAUUCGAAUCUCGGGAGCGAUUUGAGCUCUGGUUUCAUAAACUUGAACAGUCAAGGUGAGCUCAGAGGAAAGGUAACAGUCAUGUUCAUGUUUAAGAAGAGGAAGACCUCCCAGAUGAAUUGCACCAUGGCCAUCAACACAGCCACGAAGGCGGUCCAAUCCUUAUCAUGCAAAUGAGAAUGAGGACGGUGAUUCUCCAUUAGAUGGUUCCGGAAGCUUUCCCCGGAUUAUGUGAAAUUAUGUAUUAUAUAUGCCUUGUCAUUCUUUUGCGAGUUCUUUCAUUCUUUUGUACAGAUUGCGUAUUGUUGUGCGAAAUUUUUUUCUGUUGGUUUUCA